AUGGCUGGCAGUCUGCAGCGGCAUUUUCGCGCCAUAAUUGAUUACAACUUUCACCGACAAUUUGGACGGGUGAGUCUUAGCGACGAUCCCAGGGUAGGUGCACCAAAAACGGCAGUCACCCAGGAAAACGUCGAUGCUGUGCGCAAACUCAUCAUUGAAUAUAGACACGUGAAAUAUCGCGAGAUUGAGGCGUCCUUGAAGAUCUCAAAUACCUCAAUUCAAAAAACUUUACAUGAAAAAUUAGCACAGAGAGCAGCCAGGGUUAAUUGGUGUCAAAAAACGCAUGACCGUUUCAAUUCCGGAAACUCAAAAAAUGUGUACAACAUUGAUAGUGGUGAUGAAUCGUGGGUUUACUGUUAUGAACCAGAAAAUAAACGACAGUCGGCUGUGGUCGCGACAUUUGUGUCAAAAGCGGGUCAUAUUGCAACAAUUCCUCUUAAUGAGCAAAGAACUGUUACAGCAGAUUGGUAUACCACCAUUUGUUUGCCAAAAGUCAUCAACGAGCUUCGAAAAAUCAACCCCGAAAGAAGAAUCAUCCUGCAUCAAGACAAUGCAAGCUCGCACACAGCCCAAAAAACAAGGCAGUAUUUAAUGGAAGAAAACGUAGAAUUAUUGGAUCAACCUCCAUAUAGUCCCGAUCUAAGUCCUAUCGAUUUCUUUACUUUCCCGAAAAUUAAAAACAGACUGCCAGUUGACGCAUUCAAAAAUGCCGUAUUGGAUCUGCCAGCAAACGAGUGGAAUAAGUGCUUCGAAAAUUGGUUCGAGCGCAUGCAGAUGUGUAUUAAUCUUCGUGGAGAAUACUUCGAAGAACAAUAA